AUAACAGUGUUUUAUAAUUGAUUUUUCAUUUUUUUAUAUUGCAUGCAAAGUGUCAUAGUUAAUUCAAAUUUUGAUUUACUUUAUCCUUUUUUUUUUAUUUUUAUUUUAUUUAUAUAAUGAUUCUUAUAACAAGUGCUGACCAGUAUAUAGGAUAUACAAUUACAUCUCACUUGGCUCAACAUAAAUCAUUACGACAAGAACAAUUACGAAUUCUCUGUGAGAACAAACAAGGCUGCUAUGGGUUCUUAAAUGCAGGCGUUGAUGUUUGUCAAGUAGACUAUAGUCAUCCAAAUCUUAUUUCACAUGCAUUGAGAGGAGUCGAUCACAUCAUUCUUGCCAUUGGUAGUGACCCUGAUAGAGUUAAACAUGCUGCCAUGAUUUGUAAUUUAGCUGCUCAUUCUGGUGUAUCCAGUAUCAUUUGUAUUUCUCAUAUAGGCUGUACUGCGAGUUCUCAACGCUAUCUAUCCCUACAAGAAUUUAGUGAAAUUGAGCAAAUUGUCAUGAAUAGCUCAUGUCAAUAUACAAUCUUAAGACUUGAUUUUGUGCAACAAUAUUUCCAUUUAUGGUCUAAUUAUGCAGAAAAGCAUCGUGCCAUCAUCUUACCCAUGGCUGAGGACAAGGAAAUAUGCCCUAUUGAUAUUGAAGAUGUAUGCAAAGUCAUUGAGAUACUAGUGUUAGAUAAUGAAAGUCAUUUGUGUAAACCUUAUCUUGAAGAUAAGCAUGAUGGUCAAGUCUAUAUACUCACUGGUCCAGAAUCCAUGAAUGGGAAACAAUUGGUGGAAAAACUUGCAGAAAGUACUGGAUACCAUCAAUUUAAAUAUCUCUAUUCACGUCCUAUGGAUAUCAGCUAUUACUUGACUGGACUUGGUAAGGAUGUUUUAUUUGAUGCUCGAUUAAAACAUGAACGAUAUCAAAUCUAUCACGAUACUUUUGAUGAUAAAGCGUACAAAACAAAGGCUUAUGCAUAUCCUUCAGAUAACCAAAUUCAACUCUUCCUUGAUUACUUUAAUUGGGUACAACACACAUCAGGUAGCAUUUAUGUAUCUCAUACAAGUAUGUUAACCAAGACUUCAUGUCAAACAAUUCAAGAGUUUUUUAAGAGAAAUGCGAAUAGUUUUAAACCAAGAGUAUAAAAAAAAAUGACGUGUUUUUUUCUUAUUCAUGUCGUACAUAUACAUAUAAAUAUAUAUAAAGGACAGGAUAAAUAAAUGAUACAUAUUAUAUAUGUAUAUUUUAAUAUGCAUUAUAAAUUUAAU